UCGGGGGUUGGUGUUAAAUGAAAAAUAACGUCUAGAGCCAGUGAAACAGACACGGGCUUGGACGGAAUUGGUAGAAGAGCAGUGGUGAAGAGGAUGAUGAUUAUCAUCAUCGCAAAUUCAUCUCGGUGAAUUAUUUUGUUGAUAUAAAAAUAAAACCCAUCUAGCUAAAUGGCGGAUUCGAGGUAGUGAGGGGUGAUAGAGCGGAAAAUGGGAACUGGACAUGCAGUGAGGUACUGACACCGGUGUGAAAAACGGGAGAGGAAGAAAAGUGAGAGUGGAGACCAGUCAUCAUAUUCAAGCUGCUUUCCAGAAAGCAGACAAACACGUCCCACAUGGGAAAUGACAAAAAGGGUGAUGUCCGAGGGAUAACGGCAAGGACUCUCAGCCCUUCCACCCCAAUCCAAGCGGAUAACAACAAAGCACGUCUCCGUCUCCGUCCAGCAAUAGAGGUUCUGGAUCGUUCUCCUGUCGUGUUAUUGAUCACACAAUGAUUGGAUGAGAAUCCAUCCUCUGAUGUCAUUGGGCCAUGGUUCGCAAGAGAGGCUCCCUUAUCUUGUGUGGAGCUUUCCUAUUCGUCGCCUGCAAUGGCUUGCUUCUCCUGUUCCUUUGGGGACGAACUCCCAUUGGUCGCUUUGGGGAAGGGGGCGGGGCUGAACCAGGAGGGCGGGAAGAGUGGGGCGUGGCCAAAAUAAAAGGGGGUGGGACUAAUCUGGCAGGCGAGGUGAUCCGAUUGGCCGAAGAGGUAGAAUCGGAACUCGAGACCCAGAAGGAACUUCUGAAACAGAUUCAGAGUCACAGGUCACUGUGGGAGAAGAGGAGAGGGAUGGGAAAACGACAGACGGAUGGAGGGAAGGUAGAAAAUAAAGAGGAGGAACACAAACCUCCGCCACAGUUGUCUGCAGUACCUCCAAAGGACGAUUCAGAGAACAAGGACCAAAGUCAAGAGGAAAAUACACCGGAAUUGAUCAUUACAGCAGUCCGAGACCCUAAAGUAGACACACAACUGGACAAUGAAAUAAAAGAGCUGACCGACUACACCAAAUUGGAUGUUACUGUCAUCAGCCCACAAGUUGUCAUUCCCAUAUUGGUCAUCGCCUGUGACAGGGUGACCGUGAAAAGGAGUCUUGACAAGUUGAUCCAAUACCGCCCCUCUGCAGAACUCUACCCAAUCAUAGUUAGCCAGGACUGUGGCCAUGCUGAGACUGCCCAAGUGAUUGGCUCAUAUGGCAGUCAGGUGACCCACAUUAGCCAACCAGACCUCUCGGACAUCCGGGUACGGCCGGAGCACAGGAAGUUCCAGGGUUACUAUAAGAUUGCCAGACACUACCGCUGGGCCCUCAACCAGGUGUUCAACACACUCUCUCACUCCACCGUGGUGAUCGUGGAAGAUGACUUGGAGGUUGCCCCAGACUUCUUUGAGUACUUCCGUGCCCUCCACCCCAUCUUGACCUCUGACCCCACCCUGUGGUGUGCGUCUGCCUGGAACGACAAUGGCCGGGAGGGCCUGGUGGACCCUGGGAAGGCGGACCUCCUCUACAGGACAGACUUCUUCCCUGGGCUGGGCUGGAUGCUGCUGAAGGACAUCUGGGCAGAACUAGAACCCAAGUGGCCCACAGCCUUCUGGGACGACUGGAUGCGUCACCCCGAGCAGCGUAAAGAGCGCUCCUGCAUCCGCCCAGAGAUCUCCAGAACUAUGACCUUCGGACGCAAGGGUGUCAGCUUGGGUCAGUUCUUUGACCAGUAUCUGCGUUAUAUUAAACUCAACACUGACUUUGUGCCUUUCACCAAACAGGAUCUGUCUUACUUGAUGAAGGAGAACUUUGACGUGGACUUUGUGAAGCAGGUUUACAGCGCCCCUCUGAUUAAGGUGGAGGAGCUACAACAAGGGGGUGGUUUGACGGGAACUGGUCCGUACCGGGUGCAAUAUUCCAGCCGAGACAAUUUUAAGGUUCUGGCCCGUAACUUAGGGGUGAUGGAUGACUUGAAAUCGGGGGUUCCCCGUGCGGGUUACAGGGGUGUGGUCAGCUUCCUGUCCCGUGGACGACGGGUCUUCUUGACCCCACCUGAGGGCUGGACAAAGUACGACGUCAGCUGGAGCUGAGAGGUUUGAACAGGACUUAUUGCGAAUGUUAUCGAAGACAGACUCGACAGAGAGGAACACCUUCUCAAACCAAAGAAAACAAAAACAAGCUAACAUGAAGGAGCUGAAGCUAAACAGACAGGUGAGGGAAGGGAUAUGUGAUAGAGUGAGGCACAGUGUGACACAGGGCGACACCCAGGCAGUGAAACCACAGAACGUCUCACUGACAUUACAAACCAUUUAAUGCUUGGUUGUUCUCCUGCUAGAGCUGGAACGCUUUAUGGUAGGGGUGUCGAACUCAUUCCAUGGAGGGCUUAGUGUCUGCUGAUUUUUUAUUAUUUUAAUUAAGACCUAGACAACCAGGUGAGAGGAGUUCCUUACUGAGACCUAGACAACCAGGUGAGGGGAGUUCCUUACUGAGACCUAGACAACCAGGUGAGGGGAGUUCCUUAAUAAGACCUAGACAACCAGGUGAGGAGAGUUCCUUACUGAGACCUAGACAACCAGGUGAGGAGAGUUCCUUACUGAGACCUAGACAACCAG